GCCCAGUAGCAAGGCGUAAGGCGGGGGUACUGGAGGCGCCUCUGCUGUUUGGUUUAGCACGAGAGGCGGAGGAUGGAGCCCCCGGUGCUGCCCCGGCAGAGAACGGUAACGAGGCGGCUGAGACACUGAAUGCUGUUUAUUACUUCAGCCACAUUGUAUAAAGGACUCUGACGUGUGAUGGAGAAAUGGCCACAUCCAGCUCCCCAGAUUCCUCAGUCUCCAUUUCCUCGCUCCUGGCCAGCUGCAGCCUCAGGAGCAGUAAUCAUAGUGAUGGCGUCCGACCCGCAGCCACUAUACAGUACAAGGACAGGCUGUAUGACUCUGCGUCCAAAGCCCUGGAGGAUUAUAUUAUGGACUAUGAGGCGGCCAGCACCGGACAAAUCACCGUCCGCCCCUCCACUACACUUACAUCUCCGACCAGAAGAGCACGUCCCUCGGUCCGGCGCACACGGCCCCUCACCCGGAGCAGAUACGUUGCCCGUGAUCCCGACCUGCUCAGCCUGACCACAGACGACCUCCUGGGCUUCCCUCCUGAUGGGUCUCUACCCUUCUCUCAAGCUUCAGAGCGGAAACGUAGGAAAAACCUGAAAACACAAUAUGGAUUUUCUCCCCAAGUGACCUCUGUGACUUCUCCCUUAACUCAUUCAUCACUCAGAGGGACAGCCUUGUCCACCCUGGACCUCCGAGACCAUAGACUCCGCUCCCAGGACUUUCAGCGGCUUAAAGAGACAACUCAACGGGAUCAUUCGUGGCGAGAAACGGAGAGAGAAAACGAUUCGGGGCUUUACAACAACGUGACGUCCGUACUCUAUAAGAGUUACCCACGCUGGUUGACCAGUCAGAAGUCUGAACUGGGGGUGUCUGGCAUCACCAGUAUUCCUGAAGUCAGAUAUCCAGUCUGGUUGAGGGACCACAGACUUCUGGAUGACGUAGAUAACCACUUGACGGGCGCUCUUCAUAGAGAUGGUCCAGGCUCUUCAUUGGACCAUUUACAAAUACCGCGUUAUGACCUGCGAGGCUACAAAGCGGUUAAUUCCAGCAGCUUCAGGGACAGUAUGAAGCCUCCAGCCCGCUCUGAUUUGGAUAUCGUGCAGCAUUUACAUACGCCUGGGAAAAAUCGUCCUGUGCAGAAGUCAGAACAAACAGGUGACGUCACCCGCCAAGACCUGUCACAGGAGCCCCCCUGUUAUAACCAAAGCCCCCGAACUGAGGACAUCCUGGAGGUCGAGCGCUCGUGGGAAAAAGUCCCCUAUUCAUACAAAUCCCCUGUCCAUGUCCUGUGUGAAGACGAGGAAAGUAAAGGGCUCAAGGCUUUUAAAUCUAACCUUGUGGAAGAUUUCCUUAAAGAUUGUGUCCAGCAGGAGAAGGCGGCAAAUACGUUUUCCGGAGGGAAUCACCAUGGUCCAGUAGAGGCUCUGAAACACAUACUCUUCAAUAUGCAGGCGUUCCAGCAAAACUUCAACCAGGAAACCAGCACCGAGCAUCUAAAGGAGUUCCAGAAAAUUUCAACAGAAGCAGAGACGGAAAUCCAGAAGGCAGAUCAAGAGAUUUUUCCAGUCAAUAAAUCUUUACAAAAAGCUCUGCACCAUUUGUCCCGGCUCAAGGAGCUGGUAGGUGACUGUAACCUGAAGAAACAGGAAGACCACAGGACUGAUGUCCCAACGUAGCUGUGGGCCCAAUGAAUGCUACUUUACUACUAGUAUUAUUGGAUCUUUCAUUUUUACAUAUGUGUUUGCAGAAAUACAUGUUCCUUCUAUGUCUUGAGCUGCAACUGCUUGGAUCAUUGGAAUAGGUCAUCAUUAUCUGAUCAGUGGAGGUCCGACUCCUCGGAGGCUGACAGUUCUCUGCCGUAUUUCUGUGUACAUAAAC